CACCAACCCACAGUCGUCACUGUUCAACUCGACUGCGUAGCAGAGCUAGUUAAAGAGUGCAUUCCAGCUCUAGCAAUCGCCUUUCUUUAGCCAUUUACCCAACUGCAGCCUGCCGUUGCCGUCACCACGUUACGAAUUAAGUUAAAUACAAUUCUUACAAAUCCAACUGGGACUCCUCUUCAAAGAAUUUUAAUUCCUUCUCAUCGAGGACAUUGAGGACAGCCAUGGGUGGCAGAGGAAGAGGAAGGGGACGUGGGCGAGGCCAGCAGCAGGAAAAGGAUGAAGAAUUUCCAGCAUUGGGGCGGCUGCAGAUCGACAAGUCGAGUCCCGUGCAGGCGGGGCGAGGCCAGGUCGGCGGCAGCAUGUCCAGGGGCUCGCCGGCGUCCAGGGGUUCGCCUGCGUCCAGGGGCUCGCCGGCGUCCAGCGGCUCGCCGGCGUCCAGGGGUUCGCCGGCGUUCAGGGGUUCGCCGGCGUCCAGCAACUGGCCGGCGUCCAGGGGUUCGCCGGCGUCUAGCGGCUCGCCGGCGUCCAGCGGCUCGCCGGCGUCCAGCAACUGGCAGGCGUCCAGCAACUGGCAGGCGUUCAGGGGUUCGCCGGCGUCCAGCGGCUCGCGCUCGUCGCCCGCGGCGAACACGCCCAGCAGGUACAGCCAGCCUUCGACGCCGGCCGGCCGGUCGUCCAGCACCGCCAGCAGUCAGGCGUCUACGCCGAGUAGCCCCAACAGUUCUCGCCCUGGCAAUCGGAUGGCUGUGGUGACAAACCACUUUGAGAUCGAGUGGAACAAGCAUAUGGUCAUCACAAUGUACGACGUGGAAAUUAAAUUGAUCAGUGAGGACAACACGCUGAAGGACUGUCCCAAGAAAUACAUAAAGCCCGGCAUGUACGCGUUUGGUGAGAUGGUGUGGCCCAAUCAGCAUCCUGCAUUUGACGGCAGCAAAUUACUCUUCAGCUGCGGAUCAAAACUGAUUAAUGGGCCGGAGACCAAAGAUGUGACCGUGAGAAAUGAAGAUCGUUUCAACCAGUCUGGCCAAGCAGAAACCGCCAAACUGCGGAUCACGGUGAAAGAGGUUAAUGAUGUGAGCCUAUCUGAAAUUGAUGAGUUUGUGUGCAAGAAUACAGACCAAUUUCCCCAACCGGCCAUCCAGGCCAUCGAUGUCGUCUUGCGCAACUCUGGCAUGACUAGAUCCGGAUUCUUCAAAGUGGGCCGCAACUUUUUCUGGUCUCCUAGAAAUCCAAAGAGCCUCGGAGGCGGCAUGGACCUUUGGUACGGCGUUUUCCAAAGCGCCACCCUCGGCAAAAGCACCACCCUCGGCACUGGAAGGGUCUUCCUCAAUGUGGACGUGGCCCACAAGGGUUUUCCGCGUGCUCAAUGGGUGCGAGACCUGGUUGCCGACCUGGGGACUCCCCCACCAAAAUUCAACCAGCCUCCGCCACCGCGUUUCAACCCUGAGACUAAGUACCAGUACGGCACCAAACGUUUCCUUGAUGAGCAGCUUUGUAACUUUCUCAAAGGUCUCAAGGUUGUGUAUGAGAUUCCAAACAUUGCCAACUCCAAAAGGGUUUACAGAGUGAAUAACGUUGUUGCUGGACCUCAUGAACACAGAUUCACUCACGAGGACGAAAAAAGACAUGAGAAAGAGAUGACCGUGGCAAAGUACUAUGCUGACGUGAGGCGAUACGAAAUCAAUUUUCCCAACUGGCCCUGUCUGCAUGUGGGAAGCAGGGACAGGAAAAUCUUGGUGCCCAUGGAACUUUGUCGAGUAGCUCCAGAUCAGGUGACAGUAAAAAAGCUGAGUGAUGAACAGACCAGUAACAUGGCCAAAGAAGCAGCCACCAUCCCUGAAUUUCGCGAAGCCAACAUCUUGGCCGCCUUCAAGAGCCUGAGAUUGGAUGAGGACGCCUGUCUCAAGGAAUUCGGUAUCAAUGUUCAGGCGGCGAUGACUCAGGUGGAAGGCAGAGUGCUGCCUCCACCCGCCCUCAAGUACAAGUCGGGGCAGCAGAUCAGGGUCAGGAACGGCCAAUGGAAUAUGUACAGGGAGAAGUUCCAGGUGGCCGCCAAAGCUGUGCAGAAGUGGGUCAUCAUUGACCUCUGUGGAGCUGACGGACAGAUUCAGAUAUUGACAAAUAAGUUGGCUGAGACUGGAGCCAGCCUUGGCAUGACUUUUGAUGAAAGACCAAAAAUCAUUAGAAGUGGAAUGCUGGACUCCAUUCGCGACUUGACCCAAUUCCUGGAAAACAAAGCUGAGGAAGGCCCCUUUGACCUGGCUGUCGUCCUCAUUCCAGACUAUGUCUCUGGACAAAGUCCAUACCCUGUGGUGAAGCAAGUACUGGAGCUGAAGGGGAAAAUGCUGACCCAGUGCAUUCGAAAAACGACGAUGGGUAAUCUCAACAAGCCGAAUGUCGUCAGCAACAUCCUUCUAAAAAUCAACUCCAAGCUAGACGGCAAGAACCACAGCCUGCACAAGGACAGCAGGCCGCCCUGCUUCAAUCAGAUCGUGAUGAUCAUGGGAGCAGACGUCACGCACCCGCCACCAGACUCCAAGACGUGCCCCUCAGUCGCAGCUGUGACUGCAAGCCACGACAAGGAAGACGUGUUCAAGUUCAACAUGCAGUGGCGGCUGCAGCCGCCCAGAGUGGAGGAAAUCCUGGACAUGGAGAACAUAACGUUGGCUCACCUCAAGUACUUUGCGUCCAAGAACGGCGGAAAAUUCCCCGAACGCAUCAUCUUCUUCAGGGACGGUGUCAGCGAUGGACAGUUUGCCAUGGUGCUUCGCUUCGAACUGUCAGCCAUUCUUAAGGCGUGCAGAACCAUCGGGCAGACGUACCAACCGCAAAUCACGUUUUUGGUGGUCCAGAAGCGACACCACACCCGGUUCUUUCCAGGCCUAAAAGAUGAAUUGGCUGAUAAGAACGGAAACGUGCCUGCUGGCUUCGUGGUGGACGACACCAUCACGCACCCGAGGGGCAUGGACUUUUACCUCGUCAGCCACCAGAGCAUCCGGGGCACGUCUCGGCCGACCAAGUACAGGGUGCUGCAUGACGACGCCAACAUGACUGCGGACGAUGUGCAGCAGCUCACCUUCUACCUGUGCCACUUGUACACCAGGUGCAACCGCAGCGUCUCCUACCCUGCUCCAACCUAUUAUGCCCACCACGCCGCCACUCGCGCCAAGCACUACUACAACGAGGGGCGUUCCACUAUUGACAUCAAUAAUGAAAAGGAUCUCAUGGAGGAGAGCGUCAAGCUGAAUGAGAGAAUGAAGCAGUUCAUCCAGAAACACCCCAUGUUCUUCGUUUAGUAGCUCAGUAGCUCCCGUUUUUUCUUGUAUUAUCUGAACAAAAUUGGAUUAUUCCAUUCUUAUUUUAAUGUGCAUAUAUAUAGGCCACAAAAGCUGUGAAUUGUUAAUAUAGAAAUGUACAGUAGAUUUAAAUUUAAAACUAAAGAGGGUUAUUGUCAUUCACUUAAUAUCAAUUGUUGUCCUAAAGAUAUUAAGAUUGAUACAUUUAUUAGUCAGACAAUUAUGAAUUUAUCUCUGUGAUACAAGCCAUCGUGUAUUAAAGUAAGAUUGUUUUUAAAUGA